UGGAUGAAUUGUUGUCAAAUGUCACCACUCAUCACAUUCUGAAGAAUCUUCCAGCCAGUGUAGAACUUUCCAAAAGACACAAAGCAGCUGAAACGAUGCUGAAAACCUUCGAAACCGAUAUGGUUGCUUUAUGGAUGAAUCAACAUGUACACGAUGUGGACAAUUGUCUCUUGAGAAAUUUGAUUGCUGUUUGCCCUGAGCAGCAAAAACUCAAAGUCAACAUACACCAUACCAUACCCCUUUUGAUAAGAGAAUCGGAUCUGAUGAUCAAGAUGGAUUUGCCCGUUCCUAUGGUCGCUUUGACACUGUAUACGAAGCAGGAACACUUCAGUAUUGUUCAGGAUUCUCUUCAGUUUUUGAUAAACGACUUUUUGCGAACUGUCAAGAGUGUGAAGUUAGAAAUGAGGCCUUUAUUUUUACCACAUCUUAUAAAGUUAACAGACAAGAUCAAACCAGGGCUUACCCAACUCAAUUGGGUAUCUUCGAAAUGGCAACAGUUCGUGGAAAAAGGAAACGAGGCUAUCAAGAAUUUCAAAAUUCUGACCGACAGAGUCCACGAUGUAUACGUCAACAGGGUUCUAGAAGUUCUACAGAGCAUGCAGACCAUACAGCUCCAUGCCCUGCCAGAAAUGGACGAAGAGCCCUGGAGUGUCGAAACUUUCUGCAGCAAAAUUGAUACAGUUUGUAGAUGUGCCGCAGUUGAACUUCACAAGAAGAGCUUGAUGGUUGAAGAAGCUGUGGAGGAAAUUCUCUCGCUAGUCAAAAAGGUUGAUAUAGAUCCGGAUGGAACUGCAGAGGAAGAAGAGUUUAUAUUUGAAGAGGCUGGUACCACAACUUCCCAGCAGCAGUCUGACUGGUCCUUGGUGUGGGAAUGCUUUGAAAAACCUCACAUUCUGCUUGGAGGCGGAAUGGCUAAGGCUAUGCAGGAUGUGGUGAGAGGUGCACUAGGAGAGAUGCGCAGAUACUAUAGCAGGAAAGUCAUUGACGUUCUUGUUAGAGUAACCAGAAUUUCAUUAGAUGCCUUGCGAAAAAGAUUUUCGAUCGAAGAUAAACAAGAGAGAGCUCCAGUUUUUCUACUCAAUUCCAUGCUACUGAUACCGAAAGUGGGGAUAAAACCCAACCUGGAGGAAGUGCAAGAGGUGUUGCUAUCAGCAGGAAAAAGUAUAACAUCGGUAGCAAAAGGAGUUGGACAGUGGACCGCUGGACUGUUGCAGGCACCUCCUCCGAAGAAAUCAGUGUGGAAAAAAAUUGCCGGGACCAAAUCCCAUCUAAUGGAUAUUGUAACUCGUUCCCGACAUGAUCAGAAACCCGCCAAGGGAGCCGCGAAAACGAAGGAGGAAGAUUUCAGGAUGAGGAGGAGGAAGCUGUACAGGCUUUUGACGGAGGAGAAGCUUACGUUUCCACAUCAGCAGAGGAAUUUUUAUAACCAUGUGAUGGAGAACAAGGAGGUGAUCAAAACAUUGUCGUUGUUGUCUACUUGUACUCUGGAUAUGAAACAGGACAUGAAUCAAUUUGUUUCAAGAUGGAGACCUUAUAAUAUUCUGUGGAGAAACGAAAAGACCCAAAGAGAAUUACUAAAUGCUUGUCUGACAGAGUUCGAGACGUCUUUGAGAAAGCACGAAGAACUGAAUGAGAGAUUGACAACUGAACCCGAUAUAUUUGUGAUCGCUAACUGUUUGGCCAUUUCCUCGGAAAAUUUGAAAUAUGGAUUGAUGACGGAAAUAAAGGCUUGUUCACAUAGGAUUGGACAAGCUAUGAAGAAAAAAUAUCGCCGAGAGAUGGAUUACGUAUAUGCUGUUAUAAAUGAAAUGGAAAGAAAGUUGGAACGUACUAUAAGGGACCUAGAUGAUGUUCGUUUGAUAAUGGAUACUCUGAAGAAAAUUAGGGAACAGGAAGUUGAUAUGGAGCUGAAAAUAGAACCAAUAGAGGAAGCUUUCAAUGUUCUUCACCGUUACAAGGUGACAGUUGAGCGAGAAAUAACAGAGCAGGUAGACAAUUUGCGUUACACCUGGAGCAGACUGCUUGAGAGAGCUUUGAAAGUUCAAGUCAACCUUUUGGAUAUGCAGCCACAAUUCCAGCAAGAUUUGAAGAACAACCUGAGCAAAUUCCGACAAGACAAACUCGACUAUUGCAAUGAAUAUCGUACAGCUGGACCUAUGCAGCCUGGCUUAACUCCCAGAGAAGCUUCAGACAGGUUGAUUCUCUUCCAAAACCGUUUCGAUGGAAUGUGGCGGAAGCUCCAAACUUACCAGAGUGGAGAGGAACUGUUUGGCCUACCAACUACGGACUACCCUGACAUGGCACAGAUAAGGAAAGAGCUCAACCUGCUGCAGAAGCUCUACAAACUCUAUAACGACGUCAUAGACCGCGUCAAUAGCUACUACGAUAUUCCUUGGGGGGAAGUGAACAUUGAAGAGAUCAACAAUGAACUGAUGGAGUUUCAAAAUCGAUGCCGGAAAUUGCCGAAAGGGUUGAAGGAGUGGCCAGCUUUCUUCGCCCUCAAAAGAACGAUUGAUGAUUUUAACGACAUGUGCCCUCUGCUAGAGUUGAUGGCCAAUAGAGCGAUGAAGCCGAGACACUGGCAAAGGAUAAUGGAUUCGCUGAAUCACAUAUUUGAAUUCGAAAGUGAAGGAUUUUGUUUGAAAAAUAUUCUGGAAGCGCCGCUACUACAACACAAGGAGGAUAUAGAGGAUAUAUGUAUUUCUGCGAUGAAGGAAAAGGAUAUUGAAGCCAAGCUACGACAAGUUACCAAUGAGUGGACCGUUCACGAAUUGACAUUUAUGACAUUCAAUAACAGAGGAGAACUACUUCUACGUGGAGAUACAACUGCAGAGACCAUUGGUCAACUUGAAGACAGCCUGAUGGUGUUGGGUUCCCUACUCUCCAACAGGUACAAUGCUCCUUUCAAGAAACAGAUACAGCAAUGGGUUCACGAUUUAUCUAAUACAAAUGAGAUAUUGGAGCGUUGGCUGCUUGUGCAAAAUAUGUGGGUUUACCUUGAGGCCGUUUUCGUAGGAGGUGAUAUAGCCAAGCAGUUACCGAAGGAAGCUAAGAGAUUUUCCAAGAUUGACAAGUCUUGGCAAAAAAUUAUGCAACGUGCUCAUGAAACACCAGGAGUGGUAGCUUGUUGCGUGGGUGAUGACCUCCUCAAACAGCUUUUACCACAUCUCCAAGAGCAACUGGAACUCUGUCAAAAGUCUCUCAGUGGUUACUUGGAGAGAAAGCGUAUGAUGUUCCCUCGGUUCUUCUUCGUGUCCGAUCCCGCCUUGUUAGAAAUCCUUGGCCAAGCCUCUGACUCGCACACCAUACAAAAUCACUUGCUCUCGAUCUUCGACAAUACCCGAUGGGUAAAGUUUCACGACAUAGAAUAUAAUAAAAUCACAGCAAUCAUAUCAUCUGAGGGGGAAACGAUUCCGUUGGAGAAGGCAGUCAGAGCGGAAGGUAGCGUUGAAACCUGGCUGACUCAGUUGUUGGUAACUUCUCAGAUGUCCCUGCACUCCAUCAUCAGACAGGCUUUUAUCAUGAUCAAUGAUGCCAACUUCCAUUUGCUGCAGUUUUUGGAUAAAAUGCCAGCCCAGGUUGGUUUACUGGGUUUGCAAAUGAUCUGGACCAGAGAUUCAGAACUUGCAUUGAUGCAAGCGAGACAUGAUAAGAAAGUGAUGCCCGAUACUAACAAUAAGUUCUUGGAACUCCUGAAUACACUCAUUGAUCAAACUACCAGGGAUUUGAGUAAAAUAGAAAGGACUAAAUUUGAAACCCUUAUAACCAUCCACGUUCAUCAGAGAGAUAUAUUCGAUAUUCUGUGUCGGCUCAAUGUGAGGCACGUCAACGAUUUCGAAUGGCUAAAACAGUGCAGAUUUUAUUUCAAAGAGGAACAAGACAAAACUCUCAUCGUUAUAACUGAUGUCAAUUUCUCAUAUCAAAACGAAUAUUUGGGUUGCACAGAUAGAUUGGUGAUAACUCCGCUAACUGACAGAUGUUAUAUCACGCUGGCUCAAGCUCUAGCCAUGAGCAUGGGAGGAGCUCCAUGUGGACCAGCUGGUACGGGAAAAACAGAAACUGUGAAGGAUAUGGGAAAAACUUUGGCUAAAUAUGUGGUUGUAUUCAAUUGUUCUGAUCAAAUGGACUAUCGAGGCCUGGGACGAAUAUACAAAGGUCUUGCUCAGUCAGGAUCUUGGGGCUGUUUUGACGAAUUCAAUCGGAUAGAAUUACCAGUUCUCUCAGUAGCGGCUCAACAGGUUGCUGUAGUACUAGCUAGCAAAAAGGAGAAGAAGAAAAGUUUUCAAUUCACAGAUGGCGACAUUAUCGAAAUGUGUCCCGAAUUUGGAAUAUUCAUAACUAUGAAUCCAGGCUAUGCAGGACGAAAAGAACUUCCCGAAAAUUUGAAAAUUCAAUUCAGGACAGUUGCAAUGAUGGUCCCCGAUCGCCAAAUCAUCAUCAGAGUCAAGCUGGCCAGCUGUGGUUUUCUGGAGAAUAUAACUCUUGCAAGAAAGUUUUAUACGCUUUACAAACUGUGUGAGGAACAAUUAACAAAACAGGUUCACUACGACUUUGGCUUGAGGAACAUUCUUUCUGUAUUACGCAGUCUUGGUGCUUCUAAAAGAGUCAACAACAAAGAUACAGAGAGUACAAUCGUCAUGAGGGUUCUCAGAGAUAUGAAUCUUUCAAAACUGAUAGAUGAGGAUGAGCCUCUUUUCAUUUCACUGGUUGCUGAUCUUUUUCCAAAUCAGGCUCUGGAAAAAACAGCCUACCCAGAGCUAGAGGAAGCUAUUAAUACCCAGGUUGAAGAAGCUGGUCUAGUAAACCACCCAUCGUGGUCUUUGAAAUUAAUACAGUUAUAUGAAACACAAAGAGUCAGGCACGGCAUAAUGACUCUGGGUCCAACAGGAGCAGGAAAAACUACAUGCAUACAAAUCCUAAUGAAAUCUUUAACUCAAAUGGGCGAAUCUCACAGAGAGAUGAGAAUGAAUCCGAAAGCAAUCACAGCUGCUCAAAUGUUUGGUAGACUAGAUGUGGCUACAAACGACUGGACAGAUGGAAUAUUUUCCGCUCUGUGGCGAAAAACUCUGAAACUGAAACCUGGUGACCACGUUUGGUUAGUACUAGACGGCCCAGUGGACAGCAUUUGGAUCGAAAACUUAAACUCUGUCCUGGACGAUAAUAAAACGCUCACGUUAGCCAACGGAGACAGGCUCUCGAUGGCUCCCACAUGCAAAAUAAUCUUCGAACCUCACAACAUCGACAACGCUUCACCUGCCACCGUUUCCAGAAAUGGCAUGGUUUACAUGAGUUCCUCUGGAUUGACUUGGAGGCCGGUGAUCAAAGCUUGGCUCAAAGGAAGAAGCCCAAGAGAACAGGAUAUUUUCAAUAAUCUCUUUGAUGAAUCAUUCUCGAAGAUGUAUAGUUGGGGAACUCAGAAUUUGACGAUGGUGAUUGAAGUGCUGCAGUGUAAUAUUUCCCUGCAGAUACUUAAACUAUUAGAAGGUCUUGUUCCACUACAAGUAGUAGAAGAGGAUAUAUCAGCCGCUAAGUCGGAUGCUGGUGACUUGGACGAUGAUCUACUGGAAGAAACCGAAAAAAUUGAAGAAAACAAAAUUCUAAGCAAUGAACACUUAGCUAAGCUUUACGUUUUUGCCUUGGUUUGGGGAAUGGGAGCCUACCUAGAAGCGGACGAUCGACUCAAGUAUGACGUUUUCAUGAAAGAGUCUCUGAGAUUCUUAGAUUUACCUAAAAAUGACAGAAAAAACGUUGGGGCAACUGUCUUCGACUAUGUUGUGAACUCUGAUGGAGAAUGGGUUCCUUGGAGUUCCAUGGUUACAAAUUACGUAUAUCCAGAAACUGCCACUCCAGAAUUUGCUUCCAUAUUGAUUCCAAUUCCUGAUAACGUCAGAAUAAAUUACCUGAUUGAUACCAUUGCUCGUCAAGAAAAAGCUGUCCUACUCAUUGGAGAACAAGGUACCGCAAAAACCAUCAUGAUGAAGUCCUACAUGAAAAAAGCAAACCCAGAAGUCUAUCUGAAUAGGGCUUUCAAUUUCUCCAGUGCCACAAGUCCCUAUCAGUUCCAAAAAACACUCGAGAGUUACGUAGAAAAGCGAAUGGGAAACACUUUCGGCCCUCCCAAUGGAAAGAAAAUGCUAGUGUUCGUUGAUGAUAUAAACCUGCCAGAGAUAAAUUGUUGGGGAGAUCAGAUAACGAAUGAAAUCGUGAGGCAGGCCAUGGACAUGGGUGGUUUCUACAGCUUGGAAAAACCAGGCGAAUUCACAACAAUCACUGACCUACAGUUUGUAGCUGCGAUGGGGCAACCAGGAGGCGGAAGAAAUGAUAUUCCUUCAAGACUGAAGAGGCAGUUCUGCAUGUUCAAUUGCCCAUUACCGACAGAUAGCUCUAUCGACAGAAUAUUCGGUGUUAUCGCUCAAGGGCACUAUAAUAUCAAAAGGGGGUUCACUUUAGAGGUGAGGAAUUUGAUCAAGAAAAUGAUUCCACUAACGAGAGUAUUAUGGAGAAACACGAGACUGAAGCUUUUGCCAACACCAGCUAAGUUUCACUACGUUUUUUCACUGAGGGAUCUUUCGAGGGUGUGGCAAGGAAUGAUUGGCACUCUCUCUACAGUUAUUGAAUCAGAGGGAUGUAUGAUGGUUUUGUGGAAGCACGAAUGCACACGAGUGUUUUCCGACAGAUUCACUAUAGAAAGUGAUAAAAAAUGGUUCAAUGAGGAAUUACUCAACUUGGUGGAAGAACAUCUAGGACCUGAAUUUCGAGUGAAGACAGAACCAAGUCCCGUAUUCGUUGAUUUUAUGAGAGAUGCACCGGAACCAACUGGUGAAGAAGGCGAAGACGCUGAUAUGGAACUCCCCAAAGUGUAUGAACCUGUUAGUGAUGAGAAUGAACUCCGCGAACGUCUAGACAUGUUCUUGGCUCAAUUCAACGAAAUGGUAAGAGGCUCUGGAAUGGAUUUGGUCUUCUUCCCUGAUGCCAUGCUCCAUUUGGUGAAAAUAUCAAGAGUGAUAAGACAUCCCAGAGGCAAUGUUAUGCUUGUUGGAGUUGGAGGAAGCGGAAAACAAUCGCUCACCAAACUCUCCUCCUUCAUAGCGGGCUACAAAACGUUCCAGAUAUCUUUGACUCGCUCCUAUAAUAUCGCCAACUUUCUGGAAGACCUGAAAGUCCUGUAUAGAUCCUGCGGUUGCCAGGGAAAAGGAACGACAUUCAUCUUCACCGACCUGGACAUCAAAGAGGAAGGAUUUCUGGAGUAUCUCAAUAAUAUCCUUUCCUCAGGAGUUAUUUCAAACUUAUUCACUAAAGAUGAUCAGGCGGAGAUCAUUCAAGAAUUGACUCCAAUCAUGAAGAGAGAAAAUCCAAAAAGAACUCUCAACCAGGAAAUUGUUAUGGAAUACUUCAUGAACCGUACUUGCCAGAAUUUACAUGUAGUAUUCUGCUUUUCCCCUGUCGGUGAAAAAUUUCGAAAUAGAGCCCUUCGGUUUCCAGCUCUGAUCUCUGGAUGUACCAUCGACUGGUUCCAACCGUGGCCCCGAGAUGCUUUAGUUUCUGUGGCGAAGCAUUUUCUCACAGAAUUCAAAAUUGCUUGCACAGAUGAAGUGAAAUAUCAGCUGGUAACCGCACUUGGAUCCAUUCAAGAUGUAGUUGCUGCAACUUCUUUGGAGUAUUUCCAAAGAUUUCGUAGGGCAACCCACGUUACACCGAAAUCGUAUUUGAAUUUCAUCGCAGGCUACAAGAGCAUCUACAACAAUAAACAGAAAGAAUUGAGUGAUGGGGUAUUACGCAUGGACACCGGUUUGGAGAAACUUGCCGAAGCCUCCUCUUCUGUGUUGAUUUUGAAGAAAGAACUAGCUGUGAUGGAGAAAGAACUAGCAGACGCCUCUCAAAGAGCUGAAAGAGUUCUAACAGAGGUGACAGAAAGAGCGAUGCAAGCGGAAAUUGUAAAAAAUCAAGUUCAAAAAGUGAAAGAAAAGGCGGAAAUACUGGUUUCGUCUAUAGCAGUGGAGAAGGCUUUGGCAGAAGAAAAGUUAGAAGCUGCAAAACCCGCUCUUGAAGAAGCAGAAGCAGCCUUAAAUACCAUAAAACCGGCUCAUAUUGCAACUGUAAGAAAGUUGGGCAGACCACCACAUUUGAUCAUGAGGAUAAUGGAUUGUGUACUGAUUUUAUUUCAAAGGAAAUUACAUCCCAUUAUUCCAGACACUGGGGCUUCCUGUCCGAAGCCAUCCUGGGCUGAAUCUUUGAAGAUGAUGGCCUCAACAACAUUUCUGCUCCAGCUGCAGAACUACCCGAAAGACAUCAUAAAUAACGAGAUGGUGGAAUUCUUACAACCAUAUUUCGAAAUGGAGGACUACAAUAUGGACACAGCCAAAAGAGUGUGUGGUGAUGUGGCUGGAUUACUUUCUUGGACGAAAGCUAUGGCUUUUUUCCAUAGCGUCAAUAGAGAAGUACUUCCACUGAAGGCAAAUUUAACCUUGCAAGAGGCUAGACUUAAGGUUGCUAUGGAAGAUCUAGCAGCUGCCGAACAGCAAUUAGAAGAACGCGAGCAGUCUUUGAGGGAAGUCAAAGAGCAGUAUGACACGGCUGUGAUGGAGAAACAAAGAUUGACCGAGGCAGCAAAUCUCUGUUUGAGGAAAAUGAACACUGCCACUACUCUCAUCAAUGGUCUCGGUGGUGAGAAAGUUAGAUGGACUCAUCAGAGCAAAGAAUUCAGGGAGCAGCUGGGUCGCUUGGUAGGCGAUGUUCUUCUUGCAACCGGAUUUCUCUCCUACUGUGGACCAUACAAUCAAGAAUUUCGCGCCAACCUGGUAAAAACCUGGAUGGAGAUCUUGCUCUCAAGAUCUAUACCUUACACCACUAAUUUGAAUAUAACGAACAUGCUCGUUGAGAACGCUACUGUCUCCGAAUGGACUCUGCAAGGACUGCCAAAUGAUGAGCUGUCUGUUCAGAACGCUCUAAUAGUGACAAAGUCCAGAUCAUUCCCCCUGCUCAUAGAUCCACAGACCCAAGGAAAAAUGUGGAUCAAAAACAAAGAGGCGGACAACAACUUGCAAAUCACCUCGUUGAAUCACAAGUAUUUUAGAACGCAUUUGGAAGAUUGUUUAUCACUGGGAAAACCGUUGCUCAUAGAAGACAUCGAUGUCGAGCUAGAUCCUGUUUUAGACAAUGUCCUGGAGAAAAAUUUCAUAAAGUCUGGAUCAAUUGAGAAAGUUAUCGUCGGCGAUAAAGAGUGUGACGUUCUUAAAGGUUUCAUGUUAUACAUCACCACGAAGCUGCCCAAUCCUCCAUAUUCGCCAGAAAUCAGUGCUAAAACGUCCAUAAUAGAUUUCACAGUCACCAUGUUAGGGUUGGAGGAUCAACUUCUAGGGAGAGUGAUUCUCAUGGAAAAAUCAGAUCUGGAGGCGGAACGAGUCGCUCUUUUUGAAUCGGUGAUGCAGAAUCAGAAAAAAAUGAAGGAACUAGAAACGAAUCUGCUCAGCAGGCUGAACUCCACUCAAGGCUCCCUAGUCGACGACGAGGAACUCAUAAAUGUGCUGCAGGUUACAAAAUCCACCGCGGAAGAAGUCACUCAGAAGCUCUCGGUAUCCGUCCAUACGGAAAAGAAAAUCAACGUCGCGAGAGAAGAGUUCAGAGCAGUUGCAGCGCGGGGCUCGAUUCUGUAUUUUCUCAUCGUAGAAAUGAGUAACGUCAACGUUAUGUACCAGAAUUCUCUGAAGCAGUUCCUAAUACUGUUCGACAGUUCGAUCACGAAAUCGGAGAAGAGCACCAUCACUGCUGAUCGCAUCGAUAUUAUUCUGCGGUAUUUGACGCAUGAGGUUUGGAUCUUCACUCAAAGAAGUCUGUAUGAACGACACAAGUCAUUGUUCACGUUGAUGAUGUCAAUGAAGAUAGAUCUGCAGAAGGGUUUGAUCACUCACGAAGAAUUCAUGGCUUUCAUCAAAGGGGGAGCUUCUUUGGAUCUCAACGCUGUUACACCAAAACCAUUCAAGUGGGUCCUGGACAUAACUUGGCUGAAUUUAGUUGAGAUCAACAAGCUAAAGAUUUUCUCGGAAAUAUUGACGAAGAUCGAAAAUAAUGAAAGGGAAUGGAGAACGUGGUACGAAAAAGAGAAGCCAGAAGAAGAAGACAUUCCAUGUGGCUAUCAGAAAAACCUAGACGUGUUUAGAAAACUGUUACUCAUUCGAUCCUGGAGUCCACCAGCACUCAUAACACAAUCAGUUGAUAUUUUAUUUUUUCCAGAUUCUCUUGGUAAUGAAUAUGGAGAACCAUGCAUUUUGGACCUGGAAGUCACUUGGAGUGAAUCAGAACCAAGGACGCCUCUCAUAUGCAUUCUCUCAAUAGGAUCCGAUCCUUCUCCCCAAAUAUCUGCCUUGGCAAAAACAAAAGAUAUACUAGACGACCUCCACAGAAAGCUAUGUGAAGAAAGCAUAUAUUGCCUGGAAUAUGCUGACGAUCUGGUGAUAGUCACAAAAGGGAAAUUUUCAGAUGUCAUCUCGGACAAUGAAGUGGAGAUCCUUUCCGCUACGGGAGUCAAAUACUUAUCACAGGCUCACGUGAAACAUCUACAGAAGAAUGUGCGGGUGAACUGGGGGCUGAACCCAAAAAUGACACUCUGGUUAUAUACAAAGGUGGUGAGACCCAUGAUAACAUACGAUGUAGUGACUUGGUGGACUAGAACAAGGCUAGGCUACUAGCGGCGUGCGUAAGUGUCACAGGAGCCAUGAGAACGACCCUAACUGCAGCACUUGAGAUCCUUCCUACUCGGAUUUCAGGCUAAUGCAGAGGCAGACCCCAAUCAACCAGUCACACGGUGUAGAAUACUUGAUAUUGCAUAAUGAACUGAAGGCAGAUCUGAUACUAGGAGUU